GUUGCCGAAACCCCCUAAAUGUCAGAUACACAAGAAGAAGACGAAGAAGGAGUCGCCCAUCGUUACUUCAGAGAGAAUCUUGUUGAGAGAAUUCAAGAUGGCAGUUUCAGGUUCCAGGUAAAGGGCUCACUCCCUUGGUCUCCCCAGUGCAUGAAGUUGUCCUGCAGUUGACGUGACUUAGUGCUGCUGCCUCCUGUUCUCCUACCUUCCCUGCCUUUCACCAUGUCCUCCACCUCCUCCUCCUGCUCCUCCUCUGGAGAGACCAGCCCAGAGGAUGUACCCAGAGGUGGGGGCACCAUCAGAGUCUACCUCCCCAAUAAGCAGAGGACAGUGGUGAAUGUUCGCUCAGGACAGACGGUGUUUGACAGCCUGGACAAAGCUCUCAAAGUGAGGGGCCUCAGCCAGGACUGCUGCGCUGUAUUUCGCCUCCUAGAGGGGCGCAAGAGACUGACGGAAUGGAACACUGACAUCACCCCGUUGGUGGGGGAGGAGCUUCUGGUGGAGGUGUUGGACGAUGUCCCUCUCACCAUGCACAACUUUGUACGUAAAACCUUCUUCAAGCUGGCCUAUUGCGACUUCUGCCACAAGUUCCUCUUCAACGGCUUCAGAUGCCAGACGUGCGGCUACAAGUUCCACCAGCACUGCAGCAGCAAGGUGCCCACCGUGUGUGUGGACAUGGACACCAUGACCAAGCGGUGUGGGCCCAACCCCUGCACAGAUGAGGGGUAUCCUCAGAUAUCCAUACUGUUGCCAGACAACUCCAUAUCCCAGAGUGACAUAGCCUUAACCCCAGAGCCUCCUGGGCUUAAUCUGCUGUCCCCCACUUCGGCCUUCCGCUUCCCCCUCCCUGGCGCCGAGGGCCAGUCCCUGCAGAGGCAUCGCUCCACCUCCACCCCCAACGUCCACAUGGUCAGCACUGUGGGGCCGGCGGGCACCAGCAUCAUCGAGGAAGCGCUAAAGCUCAACAGCACCAUGGGUCCUGAGCCUUCACCCAAGCCCUCCACCAGCCCCCCCUCUUCCCUGGGCUCCCCAGGCAGAAGACCUCCUAAGUCCCCCUCGGAGCACAAAGAGCGCAAGCAGUCCUCCUCAGACGACAAGAAGAAAGUGCACCGUGGCUACAGAGACUCUAGUUACUACUGGGAGGUCCACUGGCGGGAGGUCAACAUGCAGAAGAGGAUAGGCGCCGGCUCCUUCGGGACUGUUUUCAAGGGCAAGUGGCACGGAGACGUGGCCAUAAAGAUCCUCAAAGUGACAGAGCCGACGCCUGAGCAACUGCAGGCUUUCAAAAACGAAAUGCAAGUCCUGCGAAAGACACGCCAUGUCAACAUUCUGCUGUUUAUGGGCUUCAUGACUAAGCCCAACUUCGCCAUAAUCACCCAGUGGUGUGAGGGCAGCAGCCUGUACCGCCAUCUGCACGUCAGCGAGACCAAGUUCGACACCAUGCGCCGCAUCGACGUCGCCAGGCAAACGGCGCAGGGCAUGGACUAUCUUCAUGCCAAGAACAUAAUUCAUAGAGACCUGAAAUCCAACAACAUCUUCCUCCACGAAGGUUGGACCGUGAAGAUCGGGGACUUUGGGCUGGCCACGGUCAAGUCUCGCUGGACCGGCUCACAGCAGGUAGAACAGCCCAGCGGGUCCAUUCUCUGGAUGGCCCCAGAGGUGAUCCGAAUGCAGGAUACCAACCCCUAUACGUUCCAGUCAGACGUGUACGGAUAUGGGGUGGUGCUAUUCGAGCUAAUGUCAGGGACCCUGCCUUACACCAGCAUCAACAACAGAGACCAGAUCCUCUUCAUGGUCGGGCGUGGCUACUUGUCCCCAGACCUCAGUAAGAUGUACAGCACCUCCCCCAAGUCCAUGAAGAGGCUCAUCAUUGACUGCCUGAAGUUCAAACGCGACGAGAGGCCUCUCUUCCCUCAGAUACUGGUAAGCAUUGAGCAGGUCCAGGACCUGUUGCCAAAAAUCGAGCGGAGCGCCUCGGAGCCCUCGCUGCACAGGGCUGUCCACGCAGAGGACCUGAACCCACUCCUGUUCCACACCACCCGGAUCAUGCCCCUGUGAAGCCCCACCACGGGAGCCAAGAGCUGGUUGGCCGAGCGACCAUCACCCACCAAUGCUGCAGCAUUCUCACGGUGGAGACACACACAGAGAGAGAGGAAGCACUGACAGCAGUCCAUUCCACCACACAUUCCUCCCCCCCUAUCCGCCCCCCUCAUGCCCCUUUCGCCCCCUCCCCUGGGCAAAAGCUGGAGCAUUGCCCAAGUCGGGUGGCGCCACUAGAUGGAGCCCCAUCGACGUGGUGCAUCUGGCAGGCUGACUGAAGGCUGUCCCUUCCCCCCUGCUGAUUGCCCAGGCAGUUUGGUGUGUGGUCCGCGCCGGAGACCCAUACAUUCCUGUUAGGCGAUGGAUUUCUCAAGGCUGCUUUUGGGGUGGACACUUUUUUUUAUUUUAUUUUUUAGUACCAUCGGAAUUUCAUGGUGAGCUUUCAAGGAGCAGGAGAGACAAGAUCGCUCUGAAUCUGAUGUAAAAAAAAAAAAAAAAAAAAAAAAAAAAAGUGGUUGUCCAUAUACCACUGAGCUUUUGUUAAUUCAUAGUUCCUUGCAGUCUUAGUAUACAUACAUAUACAUACGCAUAUAUGUAUGUGUGUAUAUACACACACAAAUUUAGUUAAAUUGCUGCUAUAAAACAUUGAUUGGUAUGCCACGGAGACCAGCAGUAUGGGACUCAAGCAACACCGCACAAUUGUCUGAGCACAGUAACAUUUCCAAAAGGCUUGCACUGUCUCCAUUCGACACAUCGAGCUCCGCACAGCAUUGAGUUACUACACGGCCACAAAAGCUGUAGUCUUAACAGCUACUGUAAGAGUAUUCCUGAAAACGUGCUUACAUUUAGCUUGAUUUAUACAUUGCACCAUGGAGCAGCUACUGAUUGUUUUAAGGUGGUGUUAGGCCAACAUUUCCUCACAUAUCAUUUCCACUUUUCCUAUAUUUCAUAGACUUCUGCAGGCUUUUUUGAAGAUCGUCUUGCAAGAAUCAUGUGUAACCUGCAUACCCAGAGCAUAUGAGAGGGCAAGUCCUUACCCUCCAAGAGACAUAUUUUCCCAGACUAAUUUCUCCAUGUCAUGUGGCCUGGUGUUGCAAUCUCGUCUUAUUAAAGUGUUUAUUUUUUCUUCUUCACCAUAGGGAAUGUUCACAGCUCAGGUGAAUGGCAUUGUCUGGUGCAAAGAGCAGUUUCUGAAUGGGUGUUCAAUAUUGAUUUGUUUGCUAGCUCCGGCAAGUGGUUUAAAACGAGCUGCCUUAAUGUAAGUACUGGCUUCUUUACUCGUUGUACCCUAAUGGCAGUGGUGGAAGUGCAGAGUAAUCGGUUUUUAUUCCAAAUCGUUGUGGUAUGGAUUAUUGGCAAUCGUGAUAUCCCCCCCAAAAAAACACCAGCUUUUCAAUUGAAGAUACUUAAUGGAACGUUCAAAUACAAGCCACGUUUUUCUUUGCUGUUUUCUUUGAACUGGUGUUAAUACACACAGCUGUCGCAUAGGCUACAGCACAGGCCACUAGUUGCUGCUGAGCAAUGCUUUCACUUAUUGAUGUCAGUGUACAGAAGAUUUUUAGCGGUCACCUCAAAUGAGGGAUUUGGACAACCAGCCAGUUUAUCAUAAGGAUGGGAGUUUCUUGUUGGGUGUAUGCGGUGGUUGUAGGCUAGUUCCUCUCAAACGCGCGUUAACGUUAUUUAUAAGAUAUACGGUUGCUUAUUUCACUGCUCCCUGGUGCAAUGCAGAAUGAAUUCCUGUGUCGCUGAGGCUCAUCAAUGAUCACUUUAGUUUUAGCAUCUUGCGUUGGUCAAACUAACAGUAACUGUGAUAGUAACCCAGAACGGGUAUGCUUGGUGUUCUCUAUGCUGGCAAAUGGCUUGACGUUGGAGGGUGUGAUUUGUCGAUACUGUAUUUGACGUGGUCAAUUUAACAAGUGCAGAGCUUAUCGGGGGGGGUUAUUGAACAUUGCAGGACUGACAGCUUUUGUAAGAAGCAGAUACAGGUUUUUAGACCUAGAUGUUUUCAAGUUUCAAAUAAAUAAGGGGAAGGGCUGGGUACCCUCCUCUGUUUUCUUAUUCCAGUUAUGUUGGUGGCUGUGGGUUGGGUAAGGAUAGGGAUAGGGUUGUCCGGGGCUUUGGUGACACGAUGGUUGGGGAAAGGCUACUUUUUUUUCCUAUCUUAUUUAUUGAUGUCAUUGCAGAUUGCGUGAAUCUGCUGUUCUUGGAUCUUUUGGGGUGGGUGAGAUGUUUGUUUACUGACAGAGAUCCCUCUUUGCAACAUUUAAGUCAUCGUUGUGGUUCUUUCCGAUUUAGAAUGUUCUUCAAGGCACGGUACUGUCUCAAACUACUUCUCUAAACUAGCUUAUUUCUCAAACUCAAGUGUGGCUAAAAAUGGCAACCUAAGCACAGUAGAUGGAUAUCAAGCAAUAAAGUGUCAUGAGCAAUGCAAAGUGCAGAGAAAGACUAAAUUAAAUUUUCUUUCCAAGGGCAUCUAUCAUUUUUUGUAUUGUGUAGAUUACAGGAGAAAUUGAGUAGGCCAAUGGCUGAAAUGUAUCUCUCCAAAUAAAAUCUAUUUUACAGACUUGUAGCAAUAGAGCUAGCAAGGAGAGAUGAAUUUGUUUUCCAGUGCAUGUAGAAGUAUACAUGAUGCAAGCAUAGUAUCUAAUUUGUCUGGUGGCAUUGCUUUACCAUAGUGUAACAUCAUGUAUUCCCUGAUUUCUCUUGACUGAGGGCUCAGAUUAUAUCAUGUCUUUUUCAUUGAAGAGGUGAACACGAGAGUAUCGGAGUGUGAGUUUAGUUGACUGCAUGCCUUUCUCUUCCAAAGAGGACAGCGUUUCGUCUGUUGAGAGGAGAGGCGGGGGACGGGGUAGGGGGUGCCACAUUGACCAAAAUUGAAAAGUAAUAUACGGACUUCCCUUAAAAUCAAGUCUGCAAUACGUGCAUGAUAUCAGAUAGAAGAUACCACUUACUGUCUCAACAGAGUAAUGGCAGGGGUCAUUGGGGUGGGGACGGAAACCAGACAAACUCAACAGCUGUCUAUUUUAAAGCAGAAAUGAGAAUGGGCGAGCUGUGUCAGUAGUUUUGCAUAUCUCUAGGUGAACUCCAAUAAUUGUGUGUGUAUAGUUUCUGAGGUAUCAGGGGUGUUCUGUUUGCAAUAAGUGGUAUAUUCUGCUGUGUACAGUUACAUUUUUUUUUUUUAUUACAAAACUGUACCUUGUUUCUAUUUUUGUGUGAUGGUUUGAAAAGAACAAAAUUAUUUUAAAAUGUAAAAGAAAUCUUUAGUAUUUUUGUAGGUUUUUGUCUUAAAAUAUUGAGGAUGCAGGAUUUUAUUCUUUAAAUAAAACUGUGGAAUACU